AUGAACAAUACCAGAGUUACUGGGACUAAAGCGUUCUUGCAUACGUCGAGGCAGAAGAUAAAAAGUUCCGUUAGUAACAAAAGUAAAGAAGCUAAAUUUGUCCGCACUAAAAACUUGCACACUCUCCACAAAAAAAGCCAUAUCAAAAAAGCACAGGAUCUUUCAACCGCGGAUUACAGAAAUUUGUACCAGCAGGAGGUUUCAGAUCACAUGACAACAAAGAGAGCUCUUUUGCAUAUGCAAGAAAUCAAUUCAAAUAUGAUUAAAGAAUCUGAAAAAAAAGAAGAGUAUUAUCUGAAUCUUGUAAAAGAAUUAACUGAGCAACACGAGUCUGUACUGAAAGAGGUUAUCCGAGAAAAGAACAAAAACAUCAGAGAUCUGCAGUUUGAUUUCUACAACUCACAAAUAAAAGUGAAAUCAUUAAAACUUCAAAUAAAGAACAUUUUCACCGAAAACUCCAAGUCCUUCUUGGAUAAUUUUAUCGUACAUGAAUUAUACGCAGUCGACAGUCUUGGUAGAGUACUAAAAAUUCUGAACAUCGCGUCCUCGAUAAUACAGCUUCAUAAGGAAAGCAAUUGUGAAUUAAAAUUAUAG